UAGGGGGCCCAAGCAAUUGCCUGCCUUGCCUAAUGGCAAGCUACGGCUCUGCUGAUUAUCAGUAGGCAGCACCUGCUUGCAGCGACACACACCAACUCACGCCACCUGGAGAGAGACAGAAAGAGAGAGAGAGAGAAACUGCCGCUACAUGGAGUUAGAUACAGCAGCUGUGACACAUACCCAUGAGACUCUUGGAGAAAAUAUCUCCUCCGACAAAUGCAACAUUUUCUAAAUUUUGAUGCCUUCAGUGAGAAUCUACAAAGUAAAUAGUCAUGAACAUCAAGAAAAACCAUUUAAUGAGAAGUUCUUCUUUUGCAGAGCCAUUUGAGCAGGUGAAAUACUGUCAACCCUCACUCUAUAGACAUUUCUCUUAGGAAACAAUGUUGAGAAUUUGCACCAGAACUAUGGUAAAUGUUGGGAUGCUAUAUCCCUAUGGCUUGGUGAAAUCCUGUCACUUGGUGAAGUCUGUAUCAGCAUCUCUGGUUACUGGCAGAUACUUCACCCACCAGACAGGAUUGCCCAGUCUGCCUGUUCCCCCACUGCAGCAGACCUGUGAGUAUUACCUCAGCCUCCUGGAGCCCAUCGUAGAGAUGGAAGAGCUGAAACGCACAAAGGAGCUAGUAGAAGAGUUUCAGAAAGCAGGAGGUGUAGGAGAGAGACUGCAGAGGAGCCUGGAGAUGAAAGCACGCAACACUGACAACUGGUCAACAGGCUACGCACUGCACUAUGACUAUGAUAGCAACCGAGUCCCUCUGGUGGUUCAUUCAAAUGUUGGGGCGGUCUUUCCUCAAAUGGACUUCAAAGAUAAGGACGGACAAACAAGGUGUGCUGCCAGAAUGAUAGCGGCUGUUUUGGACUUCAAGACCAUGAUAGACAAUGAGACACUACCAGUUGAGUAUAUGGGAGGGAAGCCCAUGUGUAUGAAGCAGUACUCCCAGAUGCUAUCAUCCUGUCGUAUCCCUGGUCUGGAGAAAGACUCUCUGGUGUUCCAUGGCAAGAGUUCCAAUCCCCCCAAACACAUCACAGUGGUACAUAACUCUCAGUUCUUUGUGCUGGAUGUCUACAACAGUGAUGGGACUCCACUGACAGUUGAUCAGCUUUACGUUCAGCUAGAGAGAAUCUGCAACUCCUCACCAGAAAUCAACGCGGAGCCUGUUGGCAUCCUUACCACCCUGGACCGUAACUCCUGGAGCAAAGCUUACAUCAGCUUGAUCAAGGAUAAGAUCAACAAAGACUCACUAUCAACCAUCGAAAGGAGCAUCUGCACAGUGUGUUUGGACGGACCCAUACCUCAAGCAUCUGAUGAAAUGUACAACACAUAUGCUGGACUCCAGAUAAUGCAUGGAGGUGGAAGCCAGUGGAACAGCGCCAACCGCUGGUUUGACAAAACCCUGCAGUUAAUUAUUGGAGAAGAAGGAGCACAAGGUUUUAACAUGUCACAUUCUGCCGCUGAUGGUACAGUUUUUAUGGUCUUAGCUGACUACGUUAUAGCAUCCAUAAACAGGAAGAAGCCUGAGAAGAUACUGUCUCCUGUGGUGCCUUUGCCAAAGCCCCAGAAACUACACUUCAACAUCACACCUGAUAUCAAGAAAUACAUUGAAGAGGCAAAGCAGAGCAUGGACAUAAUUGCUCAAAACCUGGAUCUGAGGGUCAUGGUAUUCAGCCACUAUGGGAAAAAAGUUCUAAAGGAUCACAAGAUAAGCCCUGAUGCUUUCAUACAGAUGGCAAUACAAUUGGCCUACUACAGGAUGUAUCAGAGAUGCUGUCCAUCAUAUGAAGCUGCUUCCCUACGUACGUUCAGAGAUGGACGUGUAGCUGCAAUCUACUCAACCACCAGUGCCUCAGCUGCAUUUGUCAAGGCCUUUGAUGAUCCCAAGAAAAAGAAUACAGAGAAAGUUGAUUUAUUAGAGAAGGCUAUGAAAGUACACAGAUGGAACACUGGCAUGUUGCUGUAAAAAGUCAGUCCAUCCUGGCCGACAUCAACACCUCUUCAUGACAACUUGUUCUGCCUCCGACCUCGUGGAAACUCCAGAAACUCGGGAAAACCUGUGGAGACUCGAAGAACUCGUGGAGACUCGAAGAACUCGUCGGGUGGGGGAAGGUGUGGUGGGGAGGUGGGGGAGUAGAGGGGUGAGGCCGCCACCCACCUCCCCGCCUACUCUCCGCCCUGACUCCACCCAGGCUCCGCCUCAGCUCCACCCAUGUGGUCACUUGGAAACUACGAUGCCAAAGGGACGACGAAUUUAUUUCUUUUUAUCUGAUCUGUAGCUCAGUGAGUUAAGGAUUUGCCUAUGGAGCUGCAGGUCGCUGGUUCAAGACCAGACACUUCUUAAAUUUUCUCAAAAUCCUGACAAAGACAAACAAAGAAAAAGGCCGGUGGCGGGUCUUGAACCUGCGACCUUCCACUUGGUAGUCCUCUUCUUAUCCCCCUGAGCUACUCGCUCAGAUACUAAAACUUCUUUUUUUUGCGCAUUUAUCAUCUAUUUUUUGUCAUUUUCGAGUUUUUUUUUAACUCGAGUCUCGUCUCGACCGUUUUUCUCAGGAGGUUGGACUUCAGCCUUUGUGCUGGAGGGUGGAACCCUCAGUUCCAAGACUUUCCAAAGCCUCCAGACCUCCCGAGUCCUCAGGACCUGAGCUUUCAGACAGUCUGAGGGCUGAAAUUUUCUAAGUCCCACAGUAGUUCUCUGUUAGUUUGAACCUUCAGACAGUCUGAGGACUGAAUUCUUAAAAGUUCUUGAGUAGUUCUCUGUUAGUUUGAACCUUCAGACAGUCUGAGGACUGAAAUCUUAAAAGUUUCUCAGUACUUCUCUGUUAGUUUGAACUUUCUGGUUAACAGAAGCCUUAAAACUUGUGACCAUGAGUCUUGAUUUCACAUUUAGACCAUCCAUCUGAGUUCUUCUCAGACCUUCACCUGUGGGUUUUUUAGAAAUCCUGAACAAACUUUGAUUCUCUUCACUGAACAGUAAAGUUUGUGGAGAUCAGAAGGUAACGUUAGUUUGAUCAAUGCCUUCAACUACUAGUAGACUUUAUCUGGAAAUCAGUUUUCUGAAAUGAGUUCUUAGUAAAUCUGUCCACAAUCAAACCAAGAACAUAGAAAGAGGAAAUGUUUGAAGAAACAACUUGAUGUUUUCAUUUCAGACUAGAAAACACUAUCUGUUUUUGCUCUUUUUGAUCCUUUUAUUGUCUCUUCUGUUUAAUUUGAUCUUCUAAAGUUUAACUGGUGUCUUUUCAAAGGUUUUGUCUUUAGUUUGAUUCUUCUUAAAUGUUUAGUUUUGCUCUUUUCUUACCUUGUAUUCUGUUCUAAUGUCUGAUCUGAUUUCGAAAUGUUUUGUCUUUUUAAUGUUUAAUUGUUGUAUUUUCAAAUGUUUUAUCGGCUUGUUUGAAAAAUUUCCUUUUCUUUCCCAAUGUUUAAUUUUUCGAUUAAAUCUUUAAGGUUUUUCUUUUUAAAUGUUUUACCACCUUUUAAUGUUUAAUUUUCUUUUUUAAUGCUUCAUUGUAUUUUCUGUUUAAUU